GAGAGAAGAAACUGAAGAAGCCGCCUGCGUCCGUCAUCAUUCUCACUCUGUUGGAAAAAGAAAAUAAUAGAAUUCCCAAUUGUUGAUACAGUCAUCGCCGUCGUCGAGCUCCUCACAAUGCCGCCUUUGUUCUCGCUUGCGGUUGUUGCUUCUGCAGUUUCUUAUUAAACGUUUAUCUCCUCACCGGUUUCCAUUUUCUAUAUAAAUAUUGCUAUUUCGGAAUUGACUAUCUUUGAAUUUUGAAUUUUGGAUUCCAAUUUCUGUGUUUGGUUUGGAGCUAUAAAUCGUUUUCUCUAGGUUCGAUUUCAUCAUAAAUACUAGUAGUAAAUUAUUUGAUUUGACAAAACAUUUCAUAGCUAUUAUUCUCACAUCUUAGUCAAGCUAGGUAGUAGGAAUAGUUGAUCAAACGGAUUUCCAAUCGAUCGGAAUCAUUGGCCGGCCAUGGCCGGGGUUUCGCGGCGAAACACUCGAGAUAAAGCAACCUCCGCUGGCAAAUCGCCGAACCUCCACAACACCAACACCAGAACCCGAAAGUCCGCCGCCGGAGGCCGCCGCGGUUUCACUCGGAUCGUCACUUCCACCUUCGCGAUUUUGUUGUCGAUUGGAAUUGUUCUCAUCACUAUCGGAUUUUUUAUGAAGAAUUAUUUCAUAAACCCUGCUAAGGAGACUGUAAAACCCAGGGUCGUCACGCCGUUAUCCGCUCCAAAGCUCAUGGAUCUUCCUAUGUUUCAAGGGGAGCACAAGGAGAGUUUGUAUUGGGGAACAUACAGGCCUCAUGUUUAUUUUGGAAUUCGUGCGCGGACUCCUCAGUCUCUGCUGGCGGGUCUGAUGUGGCUUGGUGUUAAGGAUGGGAGAUAUGUGAUGCGGCAUGUGUGCCAGGACUCAGAUGAGCUAGCGACAUAUGGUUGGACGCACCAUAAUGGACGGGAUUAUGGUCGUCAAGUAUUGGUUGACCAAAAAUUGGUGUUGACAACGAAUUUCCUGAAAUCAAGGGAGGAAGAGAGUGGUUAUGGUGGGGACUGGGCAGUUCGAAUUGAAGCACAAAGUGAAGUGGCAAUAUUUUUACCUUUGCACGAUUUCACUGCUUUAAAUUUGUUGAUACCCUGCCGACACUCCUUACGCGAAGAGUCAUUUACUACGUUUUUGUCAUCUGCUGUCAUGACGUUUGGAUUCUUCUAUAGACUUAAUGAGGAAAUGGAAGAAAUUGUGCACCUUUUCUUUUAUGUGGCUGAUGAAGAGGGAACUGCUCUAGGUCUGGGUAAGGGUGCCUCAGACGAUCCUGAUGACUUCCUUCUGGCAUUUGGUUCAAUGACUGAUGUUGGUAACUGGGAACUUCAUCUGGAAUCAAAGGAGAACUUUGAGUUCCAUUAUGCUGGUUUCAAGACACAUAACAUUCACAAUUUAUCUGAGCUUGUCCAAACCAAUCUUGCAAUCCAGGCUCGGACAAUCGGCCGACUUCAACUCUCGGAUACAUCUGAUCAUGCUUCAAAUAUUCUAGUUUUCCAGGUUUCUGCAAUAAUUCCUUUCAAAGUGGAUAUUGCUUUUGUGACAAAAUUGAGUGGUUCUACUUCAAGAUUAAAAGAACGUAUCAGAAGUCUUAUAGGCGACUCUUUAUCCAGUAAUCUCAAGCAUAAACAGGAGCAAUUUGACAACAAAUUCCAGAGCUGUUUUGACAUGUCCAAUGAGAUCAACCCUGAAGCCAUAACAGUGGCCAAAGCAGCACUAGGGAAUUUGCUGGGCGGGGUUGGCUACUUUUAUGGCCAAUCAAAAAUUUCACUUCCACCUUCCUCUAAACUUGUCCCCGGUGAUAAUUAUAUUUCCUAUUGGCCAGCUGAGCUAUACACAGCAGUUCCAAGUCGUCCCUUCUUUCCCAGGGGUUUUUUGUGGGAUGAAGGUUUUCAUCAGCUACUAAUAUGGCGAUGGGAUGCUAAUAUUUCUCUGGAUAUCAUCGGACAUUGGCUAGACCUGAUGAAUGCUGAUGGAUGGAUUCCACGUGAGCAGAUUUUAGGUGCUGAAGCUUUAAGUAAGGUACCAUCGGAGUUCGUGCUUCAGCAUCCGACAAAUGGAAACCCACCGACAUUAUUCUUGGUUCUACGAGAGUUUGUUUGUAGCAUUAAGAAAGACAAGUUUAGUGCCUCACAAAUCAACGACAUCUCCACCUUCUUGCGGCGAGCAUUUGUGCGUCUCGAUGCAUGGUAUAAGUGGUUUAACACUACUCAAUCAGGAAAAGAUGUUGGGACCUACUUUUGGCAUGGGAGAGACAAUGUGACCACACGGGAACUGAAUCCAAAGUCACUGUCUUCUGGAUUGGAUGAUUAUCCACGCGCAUCACACCCCAGCGAAGAUGAAAGGCAUGUGGACCUUAGAUGUUGGAUGCAUCUUGCCGCUGAUUGUAUGAGUUCCAUUUCAGAAUUUCUCGAGGAUAGUCACAUCGGAAAGGAGUAUAGCUUAACGGCGAAGUUGCUCUCAGAUUUUGACCUUUUAAAUCAGAUACAUCUUGACAAUACCAGUGGAGUUUAUUCUGAUUAUGGAAAUCAUACAGAGAAGGUUCGUCUAAGUUGGCAGAUGGUGGAAUCAGCUGGUGGUUAUCCCUCACGUGAACUUUUACGAGAAGUGCUGGAGAAACCCGUGCUAAGACUGGUCCCUCAUAUUGGCUAUGUCAGCCUUUUCCCCUUUAUGAGUAGACUUAUACCAGCUGAUUCAUGGAUAUUAGAGAAACAACUUGAUCUAAUCUCAGACACAAGUACUCUGUGGACUAAGUUCGGACUCAGAUCACUGUCCAAAACAAGCUCAAUAUACGUGCAACGGAAUACUGAGCACGACCCACCAUAUUGGAGGGGGCCAAUUUGGAUGAAUAUGAACUAUAUGAUUCUCUCAGCACUAAACUAUUAUUCUCAAGUGGAUGGACCGUAUCAAGACCGGGCAAAGAUCAUAUACACCGACUUGAGGAACAACUUGAUACAAAAUGUGGUGAAGAACUAUAAGCAGACCGGCUUUUUGUGGGAGCAGUACGAUCAAAAGAAAGGGAAGGGAAAAGGCGCUCGAUUGUUUACAGGUUGGACAUCACUUAUAGUAUUGAUCAUGGCUGAAUCCUAUAGCGAGAGCUAGGAAAGUCUUAUUCAAAAUGCAACUCAUAUACUUGUUUUCUUUUAACAUAUGGAGUAGUAUUAUAGAAUAUAGAUAUAGUUUUAUCACUUAGAUGAAACUCAACUAGUUAAGUUUGCCAUCUUUAUAGUUGCUAAUGUUAUGUUGCUGAUGUAUAAUUUCUAGUUGGGGUAUUUGUUUAUAAAUUUCUAAACUUUCAUCA